CUGGAGCUGUGGCCAGAAAAUCGUCCGGAAUUUGGCCCCGGUGACGAAACCCGGUGACAUUUCUAGGUCUCCGUGCCCUCGGAAUUGAGGAUGGAUGAGGAGGAGCUCCAGGAUGACCUGCGCCAGUUCCCAGCCCGCUCCGCUCUGCCGCGCUGUCUCCGCUCCUUCCCGGCCGUGUACCUGACCCUGUUUCUGACCUCGCUGCUGCUGCUCACCCUCAGCGCCCUGGCCCUCGCCAGAGUUUCCUCCAUUUCCUCCAAACUCCACCAGGAACCUCUGGAACGGAAUUUUACCGACUCGGAUUCCUUCUUGUUUCCCUGCGGGGCGGAUUCCCCAGAGUGGGAAUAUUUCUCGGGGCACUGUUAUUAUUUCUCGCUGGCGCGGACGAGCUGGGAGCGAGCGCUGGAGCAGUGCCGGGAGCGCGGGGCCGGCCUGGCCGUGGUCGGCAGCUUUGCUGAGCAGCAGUUCCUGAUGUCGCGCACGCGCAACGAGCGAUUCUGGAUCGGCCUCAGCGACCGAAACUCCGAGGGGAACUGGGAGUGGGUGGAUGGCACCGACUACACAUCGGCCUUCACAUUUUGGAAGGAGGGGGAGCCCAACGACAGCGGUCGGAACGAGGAUUGUGCUCACCUCUGGAUCUCGGGCAAGUGGAACGAUGUUCACUGCACCUUCGAGUGUUUCUUCAUCUGUGAGAGGCCCCUGGCCCCCAAAUCCCCAAAUCCCCACUGAAAUCUGGGAAUCCCCAAAAAAUUCCCAAAUUUUCCAGUGAAAUUCCCAAAAAAAUCGGGAAUUUUGGGCGGAAAUAAAAGUUCGCGUUUGGUCAAAA